AUGUCUGCCCCAAAAAGAGCUUUGGAAGAUACUCACCAAGAUCAAGCACACUCUCUACCAGUGGCAUCACAAUCGAUCAAUGGUCAGCUAGAAUUAACACCAUCACAAGAGCAACUUCUUAAGAAAGUCAAACUUCCUAAUGGAUCUGAAGAACCAUCUGAAUUUGAAAGAGAAUUACUAAAUAUGACUCAAGCAGCUCGUGAUUUGGAAAAUGAUGACGAUCAAUCUUGGUCCAGACCUCCAUUACCUAGCGAUUUUAAUCCUGAUUUGGAAGAUAUUUCAUUUCAACAAUUGGAUGCAGAAGAACAUUCCGAUGAUAUUGACACCUAUGCAAGAUUUUUUGGGAUUACUAAAGAAGGUCGUUCGGUGUUGUGUAAUGUGACUGGUUUUGUUCAUUAUUUCUACAGCCCUGUUCCUAAGGGUUUCUUGAAGGAUGAGCAUUUGAAUGAUUUUGUAAGCUAUCUUCAAGCCAGACACGAAGGUAUCGAGAAGGUAGAAAUCAAAUUAAAAGAGUCAAUCUGGGGUUACAAUAAGAAUAUCAAAACACCAUACUUUAAAAUAUAUGUGAACGGAAAUCGAAAUAUUACCAAAGUACGUGGCGCAUUUGAGAGGGGUCAAAUCCAGUUCAAUGAUAUGUUCCCGUCAGAAUCAGUUACAUAUGAUAACAUUAAUUAUUUAUUGAGAUUGAUGAUUGAUUGUAAAAUCACUGGGAUGUCCUGGAUAACACUACCAAAAACAAAGUAUAAAUUGGUUACCAAAAAGAUUUCCACAUGUCAGAUUGAAUGUUCAAUAGAUUACCGAGACUUGAUUUCUCAUCCAUCAGAAGGUGAAUGGUUGCAAAUGGCACCACUUCGUAUUUUAUCAUUUGACAUUGAAUGUGCUGGGAGAAAAGGUAUUUUCCCUGAAGCAAAGCACGAUCCUGUCAUUCAAAUUGCCAACGUUGUUCAAAGAUCAGGUGAAUCGAAACCUUUUAUUAGAAAUGUUUUCACUGUUGGUUCUUGUUCACCAAUUAUUGGUUCUCAAAUCUUUUCUCACGAAAAGGAAGAGGAUAUGUUGAUGCAUUGGAAGGAGUUUAUUUGUGAAGUUGAUCCUGAUGUUAUUAUUGGUUACAACACAGCAAACUUUGAUAUUCCUUAUGUUUUGAGACGUGCCGAAGCAUUGAAAUUGCCAAAGUUUCCAUUUUUUGGAAGAUUGAAACUGGUCAAGCAAGAAAUUAAGGAUUCUGUUUUCAGUUCACGAGCAUAUGGUACAAGAGAGAACAAGGUGGUCAACAUUGAUGGAAGAAUGCAAUUGGAUUUGUUGCAAUUCAUUAAUCGUGAGUAUAAAUUGAGAUCGUACACGUUGAAUUCUGUAUCGGCCCACUUUUUAGGUGAACAAAAAGAAGAUGUCCAACACUCGAUUAUUACUGAUUUACAAAACGGAAAUAGUGAGACGAGACGAAGAUUGGCAGUAUAUUGUUUAAAAGAUGCAUUUCUUCCCUUGAGGUUACUAGACAAACUUAUGUGUUUGGUCAAUUACACGGAAAUGGCAAGAGUCACAGGUGUUCCAUUUUCUUACUUGCUUUCCAGAGGUCAACAAAUCAAAGUUAUCUCUCAGUUGUUCAGAAAAUGUUUACAAGAAGAUGUGGUUAUUCCUAACCUUAGAAGUGAAGGCACCAAUGAAGAAUAUGAGGGUGCGACUGUUAUUGAACCAGAACGUGGUUACUACGAUGUACCUAUUGCAACUUUGGAUUUUAGUUCUUUGUAUCCAUCUAUUAUGAUGGCGCACAACUUGUGUUAUACCACAUUGCUUAACAAAAAGAGUAUUCAGGCAUAUGGUUUGACUGAAGACGACUAUACAAAGACUCCGAAUGGGGAUUAUUUUGUCAAAUCAAGCUUGAGACAAGGUAUCUUGCCAACAAUUUUGAACGAAUUGUUGACUGCAAGAAAGAAAGCGAAAGCUGACUUGAAAAAGGAGACAGAUCCAUUCAAGAAAGAUGUUCUUAAUGGUAGACAAUUAGCUUUAAAGAUUUCUGCAAACUCCGUUUAUGGUUUCACUGGUGCAACAAUCGGUAAGUUGCCAUGUUUGGCCAUUUCGUCGUCUGUUACUGCUUUUGGUCGUGAAAUGAUUGAGAAAACCAAGAAUGUUGUUCAAGAUUAUUAUUCUAAAAAGAAUGGGCAUCCUUAUGAUGCUAAAGUCAUCUAUGGUGAUACUGAUUCGGUCAUGGUUUGUUUUGGUUAUGAGGAUUUGGAAACAUGUAUGAAAUUGGGCGAAGAAGCAGCAAAUUACGUCUCAACAAAAUUUAAGGAUCCUAUCAAAUUGGAGUUUGAAAAAGUCUACUUCCCAUAUUUAUUGAUCAAUAAGAAGAGAUACGCCGGGUUGUAUUGGACAAGACCGGAAAAGUUUGACAAGAUGGAUACCAAAGGUAUUGAAACAGUCAGAAGAGAUAAUUGUCGAUUGGUGCAAAAUGUGGUUACGAAAGUGUUGGAGUUUAUCUUGGAAGAACGUGAUGUUGGUAAAGCAGAGAGAUUUGUUAAACAAACCAUUGCUGACUUGUUGCAGAAUAGAGUUGAUUUAUCCCAAUUGGUCAUUACCAAAGCUUACUCAAAACAUGAUUAUUCUGCUAAACAAGCACAUGUUGAAUUAGCCGAAAGAAUGAAGGCAAGAGAUCCUGGUUCUGCACCACAGUUGGGGGAUAGAGUAGCGUACGUUAUCAUUAAAACUGGUAGUGACAAGAAUUACGAAAAAUCAGAAGAUCCAUUAUACGUGUUGGAAAAUUCUUUACCUAUUGAUGUGAAGUAUUACUUGGAACAGCAGUUGACAAAGCCAUUGGAAAGAAUCUUCAAUCCUAUCUUGGGAGACGCAAAGACAAGGGAGUUGUUGAAUGGGGACCACACAAGAACAAUUAAAGUUGCUGCUCCUAAGAAGGCGGGUGGACUCAUGAGAUUCACAAAGACAUUGGAAGUUUGUAUUAGCUGUAAGAAUCCUUUGAAGCCAGGAAACCAUGGGGCAUUGUGUCAAAAUUGUAUUGUUGACGGUAAAGGUCCAGAUUUAUAUGGUGCUGCCCUUUCGCAGAUGAAUUAUUUGGAGAAUAAGUUUUCAAGAUUGUGGACGGAAUGUCAAAGGUGCCAGGGUUCACUCCACCAAGAAGUAUUGUGCUCCAAUAAAGAUUGUCCUAUUUUCUAUAUGAGAAAGAAGGCAGAGAAAGAUGUACAUCAAAAAUCUAUUGAACUUGUAAAAUGGGAUCAAACAGAUUGGUAA